ACCGAACCAAAUCUUUGUAUCUUUCUAUAAUGGGAACAGAUUACGGUUAUCACGACGACUUCUAGUCGUUACCUCAAAAACAAACAGUUUUCAGAUUAAAGUUGAUGUGAGCUGCAGCCUGACGUGCUUACUUUGCCACUGAAUUCUCGCAGCAGGUCUGGUCUACGCCGAGAACUUUUCCACUGGGAGAUCUCUGACUAGAGACUUUCAUUCAACUUUUUCUUUUUCUAUCCCAUUUCCUUCGCAAUCCUUUGUCUAUCGAGUCCUAGUGAUUGUUUUGCUCUGAGAGGGAGUAUAAACCCACUAUUCCUACACACAAGAAAAACCACCAAGGCUCACAAGUGCACAUAGGUACUUGUCUGCGUGAUUUGCUCAGAAUGCAUAACUUCAUCCGAGUUGUUUUAUCGUUAUGCCUGUUGGCAUUGGUGAAGCUCAAUGCGAGGGAGGUUGCGGCAGCAGGCUUAAAUGGAAGUGAGAAGGAUGUGGCUUCUCUAAUGGAAUUUAAGAAUGCAGUUACGCAGGAUCCACUUGCUGUGCUGCACAACUGGAACCAGAGCCUGCACUUUUGCAAUUGGACGGGCAUUCGCUGCAACACUGAAAAGUGGCGUGUUGUGGAAGUGGAUUUAAGAAACAAGAGUCUGCACGGCGUGAUCCCCCCCCCGUUGGGGAAUUUGUCCUUCCUUCACUACCUUGAUCUUUCCUUCAACAGAAUUGGGGGCCAAAUUCCCUCUGCUCUGGGGCGCCUGCGCCGCCUCCAAAUUCUUUAUCUUCACGCCAACCUGCUGGAAGGCUCUGUUCCUCAUUCUCUUGGUAAUUUGCGCAAUCUCAAAGUCCUGGCAUCUUGGGCGAAUCGCCACUCAGGCAGCAUUCCCGCGGCGUUGGGAAAUUGUUCUAUGCUUAGGCGUAUUGAUUUAUCUGAUAACGAUUUGGAAGGUACAAUUCCUUUCCAAAUUGGGUCUCUCGCUAAGCUUAAGAUUCUCCGUCUGGACAACAACCGAAUCAGUGGAGAAAUCCCACUUUCUGUGCUAAAUUGCACAGAGUUGAGAAAUCUUUCUUUGGUUAAUAACUCGCUCAGUGGGGUGAUUCCAUCGGAGAUAGGCGUCAAGCUUUCCAAGCUGGAGUACCUGCUUCUGCCACAAAAUAAACUCAGCGGGGUGAUUCCCAAAUCACUGGGAAAUUGCUCGAGGCUUUCUGUGCUUGAACUGGCGUGGAAUAAAAUGAGCGGCGUGAUACCUGAGGAACUGGGUAAUCUUCUCCGUCUGACCAACCUCAAUCUGUUUUGUAAUCAUUUCGUGAGCGGAAGUGGAAGUGCGAAUGGUGUUCCUAUACUGAAUGCACUUACGAACUGCUCCAAGUUGAAAAGGUUGGAUUUGACAGACAAUCAUCUUGAAGGUACACUGCCUCCUUCUCUGGCUCUGCUGUCUCCGCUUCUCUCCAUUUUCUCAUUAGAAAGCAACCGCAUAAGAGGCAACAUACCUGAGCAGAUCGGCAAUCUCACAGGACUCACAGAAUUGUAUUUGGGUGGCAAUUCCUUGGACGGAGCCAUUCCCUCUGUGAUAGCCAGGCUUCCCAAUUUAGGCAUGUUAAAUCUCAGUCGCAACCAAUUGGAAGGCCCCAUUCCAAUGGAAUUAAGUAAGAUGAAAAGCCUGGAAUAUAUUAUUCUGUACAACAAUUCGCUAUCUGGAACAAUCCCCGAGAGCCUGGGGAGCCUUGAGGCUCUAAGACAACUGGACUUAAGCAUCAACAAGCUGAACGGAAGCAUACCGCCACAACUCGGAGGCUGCUCGAAUCUUGAACUCCUAGAUGUGUCAUAUAAUCGUCUCACAGGAAGCAUUCCUUUGGAGGUUGCCAGUCUUCAUAAUAUUCAGUUUUAUUUCAAUCUAUCCAACAACCAAUUAACUGGGCCGAUCCCUGGAUCGCUUGGUGGAAUGCAAAUGGUGCAAGCAAUUGACCUCUCUUCCAACAAGUUAUCAGGUUCAAUUCCUAAUGGUCUUAGUAGCUGUGCAGGACUCGAGUACCUCAAUCUGUCUCAUAAUGAGCUUCAAGAAACUUUUCCAGCAUCUUUUGGCAACCAACUGAAAAGCCUUCAAGACAUUGAUUUUUCUUACAAUAAUUUAUCAGGGCCACUUCCAACGUCUCUGGCGAACCUGGAAAGUGUUCAGCAUUUAAACUUGUCAUACAAUCGCUUCUCAGGACAAGUCCCCUGUUUUGGAGCAUAUAAGCGGCAGAGCAUGAAAUCUUUUUUGGGGAAUCUCCAGCUGUGUGGGAAUUGCUUGGGUUUGCAAGAUUGUUCUUUGCGGAAGCCAAGCAGAGGCCAUAGCAGUGCCCACAAAAGGAAACUGGUGCUCCUGAUUGCCAUCCUUGGUUCCUCUGCUUUGUCUUGCUUUGCUGCUUUAGGAUUUUGGAUAUGCUUCAGAAAUAAGAGAAGGCCGAGUAAUUUAAUGCAAAAAGAAGAUCUGAGCAGAGCAACCGAAGGUUUCAAUCCUAGGAACAUAAUAGGAAGUAGUGGCCUUGGAAAAGUUUACAGAGGCGUUCUUCCAGACGAUAAGGUCGUGGCUAUCAAAGUUCUUACUCCCAGGCGCCUAGAAGCAGACGAUUGUUUCCAAAGAGAGUGCCAGACACUACUAAAAGUUGCGCAUCCUAAUUUGGUGAAGAUAAUAGCUUCAUGCGCGGAGGCAGAUUUCAAAGCUCUGGUAUUACAAUUCAUGCCAAACGGAAGCAUGGACAGACACUUGCACAGAGGCUCAAUUGAUAACAGUGAGGUUGAAGUCCUGAGUUUGAGGAAGAGAUGGGAAAUUCUGUAUGAAGUAGCGCGUGGGAUUUCAUACUUACAUGAUGAAUGCUCUCCAGCCAUUGUACACUGUGACAUUAAACCACAGAAUGUGCUUCUGGACGGAAGCAUGAGAGCUCGUGUUGCAGAUUUUGGAAUCGCCCAACUGGUGAGCGAUGAAUCCGCUAUUACCUCGACUUUGAGAGGAUCUUUCGGUUACAUUGCACCUGAGUAUGGAAUGGGAGGAAGGAUUUCCGUGAAAGGAGACGUUUACAGUUAUGGCGUGGUGGUGCUGGAGACGCUUACUGAAAAGAGGCCGACGAAUCCAAUGUUCGGCAGUGGAUUAACUCUGCCUGCAUGGGUUUCUCAAUCAUUUCCUCACAGUUUGGGAGACGUUGUUGCAGCGGGUGUAGUUGAAGAGAUGGGGCCAAACAGGCGAUACGGAACUUCCAUGAUUGAGGAAUUGCUAAAACUGGGGCUCUCCUGCACCUCUCAACUUCCACACCAGAGGCCAUCCAUGGCGGAAGUACUCACCGUGCUUCAGAACGUACGUCAAAUCUUAGAUAGCCAGGUCGUGAGUUAAAUGUUUCUUUCCUGCUGAAUCGGCCUUAAAUAGCCAUUUGUGCCUUGUGGUACACGAACCUCUCUAUAGCUUUUCACAGGCAUUGUAAGCACAAAUCAAGACUUUGUGGUCAGUAACCAGAUUGUACCGGCUUUAAAGUCAAACUUAAAUAGUGCUGUCAGUCGAUUUCAUCGUGAUGGACUAGUCUCUCAAAAUCGUAUUUAGGUAUUUCAAAUCACUAUUAAUUUUUUAUGGUAAGAGUCCAACAAUUCUCAUGUU